AUGGCAUCGCGCACGAUCCGAAGGGGCUGUUUCGAAGCUGAUCAUGACGAUGCGAACCUUGGCACUCGGCCAAAACAACCCGAGAAACAGAGUCUCCUACGAAGCCGUCGUGCACUAGGCGUCGCAACUGGAAUCAGAUUUGCAUCUCUUGACCCGACUAUUGGACCCUGCAUCGCCAUCCAAGAGAGCAAAGAGAGCAAAGGGGCUUGCACAAUACGGAUUCGCGCCUCCUAUCCAAUCCUCUCCGCUCCUGUUGAUCCCGCUCCAAUUUCGAGUGUUUCCCAUGCGACAUCAAUUGAGCUUGUCGCAUAUCGCGACCUGCUAUUUUCUUCAUACGGUGGCCAAAAUCCAUACGACUCCCCUGACCAGGGCUAUGGUGGUAACAAUGGCUACGGCAAUGGCGGUGGCUACAACAGCCCACCCGCUCAGGGUUAUGGAGGUAGCGUUGAGAUGGCCCCCCUUGCCCACAACGCCGGCGGCUUUGGCCAAGGCGACCCCAACGCCAUUCUCAAUGAGUGCCGCGACAUCGACCGUGGAAUCGACACUGUUGAACAGAACUUGGAACAGCUCCGCAUGAUCCAACAGCGAACUCUUGACGACGCCGAUAGCUCAGGUUCCAGUGCCGCCAGCCGCCAGCUCGACUCGCUUUCCGCGGAUACCAUGUCUCUCUACCGCGAGCUCACCGAGCGAGUCCGCACCGUCAAGUCUAACCCCGAGGCGAAAUCGCCAAAGAACAACCCUCACGUCACCCGCAUUGACCGCCGUCUCAAAGCUGCCAUCACCCAAUACCAGCAGGUCGAGUCGCAAUUCCGAAAACGCACACAGGAUCAGAUGGCCCGCCAGUACCGCAUUGUACGCCCAGAUGCCUCAGAGCAAGAGAUUCAGGCUGCUGUCGAGGACACCACUGGAGGGCAGGUCUUCAGCCAGGCCAUGAUGCAGAGCGAUCGUCAGGGUCGUGCCCGUGCUGCCCUGAGCGCUGUUCAAGACCGUCAUAAGGCUCUCAUCAAAAUCGAGCAGCAGAUGGUUGAGCUGGCUCAGUUGUUUCAGGAUAUGGACACCCUCGUCGUUCAGCAAGAAGCUGCCGUCACCCAAAUUGAACAGAAGGGCGAGGAAGUCGUUGAGAACCUCGACAAGGGUAACGAGGAGAUUGGUGUGGCCGUCAACACUGCCCGCAAGACACGCAAGAAGAAGUGGAUCUGCUUGGGUAUCUGUGUUGCUAUCAUUGUUGUCAUUGUCAUUAUUGUUCUCAUCUACAUCUUCGUCAUCAAGGGACAGAACAACGACAACAAGAAGCGAAGUAUCGAGGCAGCCAUUGGCAGCUUGCCUGUUAUGCACACAGCUGUCCUACCUGCUCGCUUAGCCCGUCGUGUUGCUGCCGACAACACAGUAUCUCUGCUCAACAGUGUUGGUGGAGGGCGAUUCCAUCUACCUCAGCUACCACGGAACUAG